CGCGUGAACACGAGGGCCUGCUUUUCCCUUUCCUAUAAAGCCAUCCAACUUCUGUAUAUGGUCAAUGUGACCACACAAAAGCCAUAAAUGGUGGGAAAAAGCAGCCAAACAACAAGAAUCUGAUAAGAAUUUUUACCUUUUGUUAUUAUUAUUUUUUUUUUUUUAAGUGACUUUAAACCCUCACAGAUUCCAUUAUUGCUAUGUUUGGAAUCGGUGGCUUAGAUUUAAAAUUGGAAGAAAUUUAGUUAAAAAUUUGAACUAAAUUUCCUCCCAUCCCAAAUCCAAAGCACCAAUGAUUCUGUGCUCCCAACCGUAUCUUUAGAAUUCGAGUAGCUAGCUACCACUAGAUUUUAUUAUAUUGAGUUUGAAGGUUAGAACAAAUUCCUUAAUCUGUGUUCUCAUACUAUAAAGUGGGGAGGAAAUUGCUUGGAAACUACGCAGAAGGUAUCUAUUUCAUAUCCUGCUUGUUUGUAUAAUAUAUACAUGUGUGUGUCUUAUUGCUCUCCAUAUCACUACCACUAGUUCCAAUGGCUUCUUCUUCUUCUUCUUCAUCACUGCCCCGAUGGGAAUAUGAUGUGUUUUUGAGUUUUAGAGGGGAAGACACUCGCAAGACCUUUGUGGGCCAUCUAUACACGGCUCUGAAUCAGAGAGGAAUCAGGACCUUCAAAGACGACGAAAGGCUUGAGCAAGGAAAAUCUAUUUCUUUGGAUCUCGUGAAAAGUAUCAAUGAAUCCAGCGUGGCUGUGAUCGUUUUCUCCAAGAACUAUGCUAAUUCGGCAUGGUGCUUGGAUGAAUUGGUGGAGAUCCUUGAGUGCAGGAGGACCAAGGGACAAAUAGUUUUGCCCAUCUUCUAUGAUGUCAAAGCAUCCGAAGUUCGGAAACAGAAGAGGAGUUACGAGGAAGCAUUUCGAGAGCACGAAGAAUAUCAUAAGGAGGAGAUGGGAAAGGUGCAGAGAUGGAGGGCUGCUUUGAAGGAAGCUGCAAAUCUAAGCGGGUUCGAUUUAGAAGAUGCAGCAAAUGGUUAUGAGGAAAAGUUCAUCCAAAAAAUAGUUCAAGCAAUUUCAAGAAAAUUGCAGCCUAUACCAUUCAAAGUUGCUGAGUAUGAAGUGGGUAUUGAUUCUCGAGCAAAGAAAGUAAUCAUGUUGCUAAAUGAUAGGCCAAAGGAUAAACUCUUUGUUGGUAUUUGUGGAACUGGAGGAGUAGGUAAGACAACCGUUGUCAAAGCGGUUUUCAACCAAAUAUCAAAUGAAUUUGAAAGAAGUUGUUUUCUUGAAAAUGUGAGGGAAGAGUCAACAAAGCAAGAUGGUCUAGCAAAACUACAACAAAAACUUCUCAGAGAGACGCUAAUGGAUAAUUAUUUAAAGAUAUCGAACUCUGACAGGGGAAUCAAUGAGAUAAAGCUUCGACUUCAGCACCAAAAGGUUCUUAUAGUUCUUGAUGAUGUAGAUAAGGAGAAGCAAUUAAUGGGACUGGCUGGAAUAGGACAUGAUUUCUUUGGUUCGGGAAGUAGGAUUAUCAUAACUACUAGGGAUGAAAGGUUGUUAAUGAAGUACAAUGUUAAAACAUACCAUGCUGAGCUAUUAGAUGACAAAGAAGCACUUGAACUUUUUAGUUGGCAUGCAUUCAAGCGGAACAAUCCUGUAGAAGAGUUCCGUGAACUCUCACACCGUGUAAAAGAUUAUUCCAAAGGUCUUCCGUUAGCUCUUCGCGUUUUGGGAUCUUUUUUAUGUGAAAGAAGCAUUUCAGAGUGGGUAAGUGAAUUGGAUAAAUUAAAGAGCAACCCUCCCGAAGAAAUUCAAGAUGUUCUCAGGAUAAGUUACGAUGGCCUUGAUAAGAAGGAGAAGGCUAUAUUCCUCGAUAUUGCAUGUUUCUUCAAAGGAUAUGAUGCAAAAUUUGCUAUGGAUAUUUUUGAGAGUUGUGGAUUUCACCCAGUCAUUGGAAUAAACGUUCUUACUGAAAGGUCCCUCAUCACUAUUUCAGAAUAUAACACGCUCUGGAUGCAUGAUUUGAUACAAGAAAUGGGUCGAGAAAUUGUUCGUCAAGAAUCUGAAGAUCCUGGAAAGCGCAGUAGGCUAUGGUCUUACGAAGACAUCGAUGAAGUCACUGAAAACACGGUGACAGAAAAUAUUGAAGCCAUUAUGCUUACUAAUGAAGGGUUGGAUGUAAGCACAGAUGCCUUCACAAAGAUGAGGAAGUUAAGAAUACUCGAAAUCAAUGGCGUGCAACUUCAUGGAUGCCUUACAUAUCUUUCAAAUGAGUUAAGAUAUCUUGAUUGGAAUGGCUAUCCCGAAGAAUAUUUGCCAAACAAUUUUCAUCCAAAAAAACUUGUUCGACUCCAUUUACGUAAUAGCCUGAUAAAAGAAAUUCGAAUGACCACAAAAUUUCUAAAGAUGUUAAAAGUCCUUGAUCUCAGUUACUGCAAAAAUCUGCCGGAAAAGAAUCUUAAUUUUUCAGAGUUCCCAAUUCUGGAGGAAUUAUAUCUUAUAGGUUGUGAAAGUCUGCUUGAGGUUGAAUUUGACAAUAUGAAGGUCAUGGAUAAGUUAAAACUCAUUGAUCUCAGUUACUGUGAAAAUUUAAAGAGAACCCCUAAUUUGUCGCUGUUGCCAUGUCUGGAGAAAUUGAAACUUCAUUAUUGUAAAAGUCUGGUUGAGGUUCAUCCGUCUAUUGAAUUUCACGAGAGGCUUGUUAGCUUGGAUUUUUAUCAUUGUGAAAAUCUGAAGAGUCUUGCAACAAGAAUGAAUGUGAAAUCUCUUAACUUGCUUUGUCUCCAUAGCUGCUACAAACUUGAGACGUUUCCAGAGAUCCAAGGAGAGAUGGAAUGUUUAACGCAGCUUCAAUUAAUAGGAACUGCAAUAAAAGAAUUACCUCCAUCAGUAGUUGAACAUCUCAAAGGGCUUAAGGAUAUUUUUCUGACGAAUUGUAAAACGAUUGAAAGAUUGCCGAUCAAUAUUGGCGUAAUGAAGAAUUUACGGUUGCUAAGCUUGGAAGGAAGUGGCAUAAAAGAUUUACCUCCAUCGAUUGAACAUCUCAAAAGCCUUGAGAAUUUAGAUCUGGGGGACUGCAAAAUGGUUGGAAGCUUGCCUAGCAAUAUUGGUGAAAUGAAGAGUUUAGAAUUUCUGAAAUUGGGACGUACUGGUAUCAAAGAGUUGCCACCAUCCAUUGUGCAGUUGACGAAUCUUAAACACUUACUUUGGUUUGACUGCGGUUUAGAUGAAGAAUCCAUUCUCAAUCUUCCUCACUCGUUGCAACGUUUAGAUCUAAGCAGCAACAACUUUGCUAGCUUACCAGCAAGUUUCGCUCAACUCACACAACUUGAAUCCCUUGAUUUGGAUGAUUGCUUAAGCCUCCAAACAUUGGAAUCACUUCCGUCAUCUAUACGUGAGGUCAAUGCAGAACGUUGUGUAUCAUUAGAAUGGUAUUCCGUUCCAAAAAGUGAAGGGGGCCGUAGAGAUUAUCGAGAAUUCAUUUUCACAGACAGCCACAAAUUGUUUGGGAAUCAUGAGAACAAGAAGCUAAAUAUAUAUUCAGAAAGUGUACUUCAGGAAAUUGGUGAAACAUUUAUCGUUCUCCCAGGAAGUGAGAUUCCAAAUUGGUUCAGCCAUAUAUGUGAGAGUGAUGAGGACUAUUCAGUGUGUUUUAGGGUGGAUCCAAAUUCUUGCAAUAACCUCAAAGGAAUUGUUGUUUGCGCUGUCAUCGGAUUCGAUCAUGAACCAUCUGACAAUGAAGACGAUGAUGAUGACGUGGAGACAAAAUUUGCUGCAUAUGUUGGAUUUAAUCUCAAUUUCAUUGAAAACCCCAUCGAAUUUCCAUUUCCAGCGAUGGGCAGAAUCCGGUCAGAUCACAUCAUGUUGACUAACCUGCAUGAUUCACAUGCAGGCAUUAAAAAAGGGAUAUGCAAUUCUGAUGGUAACAUUGAGGUUUCAAUUGUUCAACCUGUCGCUAUUAGAUUCAAGGCGAAAAAAUGGGGUAUUCAUCUAGUAAUGGACGAGCACACAUACAUAGAUGAAGAUGCAUGAUCCUCUGUCUCUCAUGCAAAAAGGUAUAAGUAGCAGUGGUCAGUGAAAAUGAUUUUGCUGCUGCUACUAUUGAAGCACAAUUCAGCCCAAUUCAUGCCACUUUCUCUCAGCACGCGGUGGUAUUUUCCCUCAUAGGGUUUCGCCUGUUCGGGGGUCUAACAAGGAAAUUGCUGAGACUUGAGAGGGGGUCCGAUUUCUCAUUUUUUUGAACAAAUAUAGAUAAAAAAUCAGUGAAGAGAAUACGAAAAAGAAGAAGGAUCUCAUUGAGGUAUAAAAGAUAUGGGAGCUGAAGAAUUUAUUAAUGGCAGUGGAUGAUUUGUUUGGUGGCAAGCUUGGAUUAUAGGAGAAUGAAAUUGCAUUGACCUUUUUUUUUUUUUUUUUUUUUUCCUUGAAUGAAUGGGACUUUGUGGUUUUGAAUCGAGAAUGUAGCAUUAUAUCCAGACUUCUCUCCUUUGAAUCGAGAAUAUAGCAAUUUCUUUUGGAUUUCUCAGGCUUAUUUUUUAGUGUUUGGCAAAAGUUUAAGGCAAAAGUUUAAGUCAAUGUUAAGGUUGAGUUCAUUGGGUUAUUUUGUCAUUGGGGCAAAGGUCUAAGUCAAUGUUAAGGUUGAGUUCAUUUGGUUAUUUUCUCA